UCAGUUUCUCACUUGUUCGGAGUAAACAGCAGCACCGCCCGAGCUGUUUGUUUGUAAGUGUGGAACGAUCCAACGCACAGCGCCGAGCUCGAUUGACGCUGUCUGCUGAUCUGCUGCUGCGGAUUGCUCAGAAUAACACGGCUGCUUUGCUAAUUCCCGUCCGUCUAUCGGGGCUUUCGCCGAAACGCCGAGAGUAUACGAUUGAAAAAGCCAAUAAGACAGCUAAAAACGUGGCGCCACCCGAGCCCGCGCCCACGAUGGCUUCGGGAGACCUUUACGAGGUGGAGCGUAUUGUUGACAAGAGGCGGAACAAAAAGGGCAAGUGGGAAUACCUGAUCAGAUGGAAAGGUUACGGGAGUAAAGAAGACACUUGGGAACCAGCGCACCAUCUACUUCACUGUGAAGAGUUCAUUGAUCAGUUUAACAGUUUGCGCAUACACUCACAAAAACGGCCUAAAACAUCCAGAAUUCAUUAUCAUUCUUCCAAUCCUAAGGAAAAUUCUAGAGCUCAAUCAGAAACUAAAAAGACCAAAAGGACUAGUGCGUCCCCUGUGAGAGUUGGGGCGGUGCUGGACAUUGGGGGGAGCUCUGCUGGUACCAGUCACAAACAGAAAAAGUUAGGCAUCGCUAGCGGAAAGCAUCCUUUAGGAGAUGGACUCGGCAAAACAAUACAAAGCCCAUAUAAAGCCCCCCCUGGUCCUGGGCUGCCCCCUGCCCCUCCUGUGCCAGUGGACAGACAUGCUCAGAAUGGACUUGAGAAUGGGGACAUGGAGCCUGUCCUGUACAGAGCAGCAACAAGACCACAGAGACCACCUCCAGAGAGAGUGGACCUAGGAUACACAGACAUGGCUCAACAACAGUUUCCCAGUGAACUCGGACCUCCUCAAGUCAAUGGAAAAAUGCAUUUGCACAACUCGGUCAAACGGAAGCUGGCUGAAGACAAAGGCAGUGCCAUUGACAAGCGGCUCAGGUACAACGUGCGACAGAAUGAGAGUAACUGUCGAUUCAGGGACAUCGUGGUGAGGAAGGAGGAAGGCUUCACUCAUGUGCUUCUGUCCAGCCAGACCACAGACAACAACGCUCUGACGCCUGAGAUCAUGAAGGAGGUGUGCCGGGCUCUGGGUAAUGCUGCUGUGGAUGAUAGUAAGCUGUUACUGCUCAGUUCUGUGGGCACUGUGUUCUGCAGCGGGCUGGAGCCUUCCUACCUGAUUGGUCGUCUGUCCACUGAUCGCAGGAAAGAGAGCAGCCGCAUUGCCGAAGCUGUGCGGGACUUUGUGUUGGCAUUCAUACACUUCAAGAAGCCCAUUGUAGUGGCCAUAAACGGGCCAGCUCUGGGCUUAGGGGCAUCUAUACUGCCCCUGUGUGACGUGGUGUGGGCCAGUGAGAGAGCCUGGUUUCAGACUCCAUGUGCUGCCCUGCACCUCACCCCCUCUGGCUGCUCAUCAUACACAUUCCCUCAGAUCCUGGGGGUAGCUCUGGCUAAUGAAAUGCUGUUCUGUGGGAGGAAGUUGACGGCUCAGGAGGCAUGCAGUAGAGGCUUGGUGUCACAGGUGUUCUGGCCUACCACAUUUAACCAAGAGGUCAUGUUACGGGUGAAGGAAAUGGCUUCUUGUAAUGCAGUGGUUUUAGAAGAAUCUAAAUGUCUUGUUCGGGGUAUAAUCAUCUCAGUCCUGGAGGAGGUGAAUGAGAAGGAGUGUCAGAUGCUGAAGCAGCUCUGGUGUUCGACUAAAGGUCUGGAGACACUGUUCAGUUACCUUCACAACAAGUCCUAUGACAAGUGAGCAACUACUGCCUAAACAGAAGUAAUGCUGUGAUUCGCUGUAAAUGAAGGAUGCGCUGAAGUGCAGUUUAUUUAUUUUCUAUGAUGUAACUGAUGCUAUUUGACAUAUUUUAAUCUAUAAGAAUCUGUCAAAGGUCUGUUAGUACAAAGCAGAGUGUAAAGACAUGCAUAGUCUAUUUAUUUGUGUAUUUCUAUUUUUAAAAAUACCUAAAUAAAUAUUUUGGUAGUUUAUACUUAUGCUACUUUAACAUUCCUGAGAUUCUUGCAAGAGAAAGCUCUCACCAAAUUUCUUACCUAUUUCAAUGGCUGUUAACAGCUUAAGCAAGGUUUAUUGCAUAUAAGAUAGAAUAUUAUUUAUACAGAAUCAUGCAUGAUUUUAUUUUUCUGUGUUUGCUCUGUCUGGAAGGUUCUACAGUAUAGACACAUCUAUCUUACAUUUAAAGAACUAUAGGUGUUUUUACCUGGAAAUACAGGCUCACCACUCCACAGAUGUGACCUGUAACAUGGCUUGGUCACUUCACCUGCUUGUCUCUAUAGAGAGAGAUAGAUGGAUGUAAUGCCAUACUGUGGAACAUUCCAGGCAAAGCAAUAAUGUGGAUGUGACCAAGAAAUGUGGAUGCCCCCACCCGGAAAGUUACAGUGCUCCUUUAAAAUAUAAUUGUUUUGAAAGAAUUAGUGAAGUGUAAAUAGUAACGUGUCAUAACAUAAUGCAUUGUACAAACAGUACUUGUUUUUAUUACUUGUUCUGAACUGUGAGGUUUGAAUCGAAAGAAAAUUCUAUACAUAGGUUAUUACACUGACCAAACUUCAUUUAGUCCAAGUAGUGCAUCUUUUUGAUGUAAUUGUCAUGGAAAGAUUUAUAGUUUGGUAUAGUUAACUUGAAUAUAUGUACAAUUUUGUUUGUAUGUUUCUCAAUUAAAUAUGGUAUGUAUUUAUUUUGUGUUUUUGAGCACAAAACUGGAAAUGCAGUGUAAUGUACGCAAUUGGAGUCUACCUUGUCCUUGUCUGCAUGUGACAAACAUGCAUGUGUAAAGAAUCACUGUUGUGCAUAACAACUAAACUCUUAAGUGUGUGUAAACUGUCCUUUUAGACGUGUACAAAUGUAUCAGAGAAUAUUAACACAAAGUGGAUUUUGUAAAUAUGUGCAUGUGCUUACAUUUAUUGUAUUUAUAUAAACGUUGUAUGUUUUGUAACAGGACUGUAAUUAUGGUAGAAAUCUUGCAAGUUAUUUUUCUAUUUAUUUGAGAUACACUUUGGAUAUGCAGUGCCAUGUGGUUUGCUUUGCUUCAGAGGAACCCCAACAACUUAAAGCUUUACUGGCCAGUAUAUGUCUUUGCAUCCUAAC